CAUGGGGCGCCGAUCCUUCGCGCGCCCGCGGGGGUCGCUGAUGAUCUUGGUGAUCAUCGCAGCGUGCGUCGCCCUCGCGGACGGCCUCGAGGAUACCGGUUGGGAGGGAGCGACGGGGGAGUCAGGUGGGUCAGCGGGUGUCCAGUCAGACGUAGGGGAGACGGGCGGGUGGUGGCGACGGUCUCUCUGUAGCUACAUUCUCCCGACCUCGGCGAGCAAGGCGAGAGAGGAAGGCAUGAGGACGUGCGAGGCGUUCAUGGGCGUUGGUGUGCAUCGCGGGACUGGGGUUGCAUCGCGCGAGGUGUGGUUCGACGUCUUGGUCGCGUUGCCCACGGUGCUGUUCGUCAUGUUCCUGGCGUCGCACCUCCGAGCUAGCGUCGAGAAGCUCAGGGCGACGCGCAACCACGUCAUGGCCACGUACUACACCAACCUCUGGUUCGUGUGCAUCCUCAACCUGCUUCGGUGCGGGGUGCAGAUGUGGCAGGCCUCGCCGCUGAACCACGUUCGGCUGUGGAACGCGCUCUGGCUCGCCACGCGAUUCGGGAUGGACUCGCUGGAGGUCUCGGCGGUGGUGUACCUAUACCUCGCGCACGGACACAGCCGCGCGGUUGGGGCGGCGGCGGCGCUGCGGGAGACCGUAGUGAUCGCCAUGGGCGUCGCGGGGAUCGACCUGCUGGCCAAAUCGGUCCUGAUAUUCGGGUUCGGCGUGCAGGUCUUCGUGGAGGAGCCCGGGUUGCACUCGAGGGCGUACUUUUGGGCAAAGUGGGGGUACUGGGGCGCGAGGGCCUUCAUCGCGGCGCUCGUCUACGGCGUCCUUACCGCGCUCCCGAGAACGCGGUACCGUGACUGGAUGCCCGCGAGGCCGAGCUUCUACCGCUACACCGGCGUGCUCUUCGUGAUGUACGCCGUGGAGACGGUGUGCGCCCUGUGCGUCGGGGGCGGGGUGAGCCGGUGGGCGUAUUGCGUCUUCGGGCUGUGCAACUACGCCUACUACGCCUGCUACCCGCCCGUGCUGUACCUGACGUUCCUGGCGGAUUACUUUAGGGAGGACGAGUACGAGGUGGAGAGCAGGUACUACAGCGAGAUGGAGGAGGCUGGCUACUUCGACGACUUGGAUGACGUUUAGAAGCUUGAAUAUUUACGAAAAUUGGUAUCGUUUC